AAGCUUCUGAGCCCUCUUUUUAAGUUUCGGGAGGUUUGUUAGCUUAGGCUUCUAGUUACAAAUGACACUUUCCAAUGCAUGAUCCAUCCUGAAAAUCCAUCAUGGCCAGAAAAAUCAAGGGAUCGCUGCAGUAUCUAAUGCUUUCCUACACGAUGACAUCUUAUAACGUUAAUGGCACACAAUUACUCCUACCCACUUCAACAAAAAUUCAAAAUCUCAGAAACAGCACAAUGCAAAUUUACAAUAUAUCCUCAACAACAAAAGAAGUGGAACCCGCAAUUAAAACCAGUAAAAUGCCACCCAGAAAGGCCAGGCAAGCAUGUCGUCGAUUUCUAAAGCUUCUAAGUAAUUCAGACGAUACCCAUUUCCAAAAAACCCUGAUUCUACUGCGAGAAUCUCCAGAAAAGAUCUCAUCUUCACAGGCCUCUUUGCUCAUAAAUAAAAUCGGAGACCCAUUAAUGGCAUAUGACUUUUAUCGCUUUAUGAAAGCUCAGCCCGGGUUCGAGCCCCGUGGGGUUCUUUAUGGAGCACUCAUCGAUACCCAGGUGAAGUCCAAAAACCCUAAACCCUAUAAAAUUAGGUUUUACUUAGAUGAAAUGAGAAAAAGGAACCUUAAAUUCAGUGAAAGAGAGUAUGGAAUUCUUUUCAAUACAUUUUUAGGCAUAGAUCUGGAGCUCGCAGAUGUCUGUUUUGAGCUCAUGAAAGCCACUGGUACCACUCUGGCUGUGGAAUCCUACAAUUUUGUCAUUGGUGCGUGUUUGAGUCACGGGCUGUAUGAUAAGGCAUUGUUAAUCGUGGAGGAAAUGAGGAUAGAAAAUGUUAGUUUUAACGAGGAGACUUAUUGUAAUAUUCUUAGGGUUUGUAAACAUUUUGGCAAUGCUAACGAAGCAGUGCGGAUUUUUAGGGAGAUGAAAGGUAACAGCAUAAAUCUAUCCUUGGAGACCUAUAAUCUUUUGUUGAUUGUGGUUGUAAGUGCUGGGGAAACGAAGGUUGCUACGGCCAUUGUGGAAGAGAUGAGGGUUUUGGGGUUUAAGCCAGACAAGGGUUUCUUGGAGAAUUCAGCUAAGGCAUAUCUGAAAUCAAAUAUGCUUGAUGAGGUCGACAAUUUGCUAAAAGAUGAAAGCCUGAAAGACCGUAAUGGAAUUUCAGACUUGAUCAAGAUUUUCGCAGGGAAAAAGAUUCUCUUGCAAGAAUUUGAAGCUUUGCAAUUGAUGGAAAAAUCUGGUCUGGAUGCUAGUAAUCUGGAUCUUUCCAAAGUCAUUUAUGCCUGUGCCAGAAUAGGAAUGGUCGGAGAAGCCAUCAAGGUUUAUGAUUAUGUGAAAGCAUCCAAUCGUAUUAUUGACAAGUCUAUCUAUUUGGCUAUGCUUUGUGUUUUCUGUAAAGCAGAAAUGCAGCAUUCUGCAGAGAAAUUUUUCGAAGAGAUGUCUGAUCAUGGUUUUGUGAAUGAGGGAGCUUACUUGUAUAUGAUGACCCUGUAUGGGAAUUUGGGAAGGCUGGAAGAUGUGAUGAAGACCUUCCAGUCGAUGAAAGAAAACAGGUGUAAUAUAAAUGUUGAUGCCUACUCUGUCCUUAUUGACAUUAUGGGUAAGGCUGGCAGAAUGAACCAAGCUCGCAAGUUUCUUUUAGAGAUGAGAAAGUCUCAAAUACAGCCUAACAAUGUCAUAUACUCAACUCUGAUAAGAUCUUAUUUGUCAAUAGGCCGGCUUGAUUGCUCUCUUAUGUAUAUUGAAGAGUUUAGAUGCUCAGGGCUUAUACCUGAUGCUAUUACUGCUGGUACUGUAGCCACUGUCUUGGCUCAAGCAGGUAAGUAUGGUCAGUUGGAGACAUUGAUGGAUGACCUGAUUAGGAAGGGUAUCAAAUUCCCAAAGGAUAAGGGCAUCUUCUUGAUGGAUUUAUGUACAGAUGCUGUUCUUUCUGACAAGAUUAGUCGGUUGAUAUAGCAAGAGAACUCAUAACUUCUGUUUUGUGUUAAUCCUCAUAUAAAUGACCUUCACAGCAGAAGUACAAUGCCACCGUUUUAAACAAUGAUUUGUCUGCAAGCUUAGUACUAUCGUGAUAGGAUUUGAACUGGGGUAGCUAUAAAGGAUUGUUUUUGCCACACAUGCUUGAUCAUGGAGACAGCUUGGCCAUUAUUUCAAAAUUGGCUAAUUUAUGGAGUAAUUCUGUUUCAAAUUUCGAGAAAAAAUAGAAUGGAGCUUGUGUGGCAGAUUUUGAACUCUCCAAUUUGAAGAUUUGUGUGUUCACUACGUGAGGGCCUAUGUAAUGCAUUCACAGUAGGUCCUUAAAAACCCCCCCAAAAAUUAACAACGUAGUUGGCUCAAGAGUGAGCACUACAUGCUUUUUUGAUAAAACGGUACUGGUAUUUUUCUUUGCUCCUUUCGUCACAUACAAAUUUAUCCUGAUCAAUAGCCCUCUUAUACAUGUAUGUCUAGUUUUCCGUCCUGGAGCUUGAAAAUUUUAUGUUUGAUUAAUCAAUGGCCCUCUCAUUUAUUUUAUGUAUUUUGGAUACAUUGUGCAGGUGUUUUUAUUGAAAUGGAAGAACACGAUAGACAAGCUUUGAUCUUUGAGUGGAUUUGCUUGAUAUGCAGGGAUUUGAAUAAGUCUUUUGAGGCUUUGUCCCUAAUGCAGUGAAAUAGAAGAAUACGAUAGACAGGCCUUGAUCUAUGAGUGGGUUUGCUUGAUAUGCAGGGUUUUGAAUAAGUCUUUCGAGGCUUUGUCUCUAAUGAAGUCUAGACCAUGGAGUCUACCGAAAGAUGACCUAAUCUAGCAGCCCAACCCCUAUUUAACACAUCCAUAUGCAAGAUUAAAACAAAAAUGCAAAGCUACUGUAAAUUAAUAAAUUGCCUGUAGUAGAUUACAAUUUGCUUACAAAAUUAUGUUAAGCUACAAUAACUACAACUCCCUGUAACUAGACUAUUUUCUCACCAUGUGGCUUCUCAAACACUUUCAAUCUCAUUCUUCUCUUGUCCACUCAGUCUUCAUUUUUCUUCUCAACUCUGCUAAACAAACUCCACUCCUCUCUCUCUCUCUCUCUCUCUCUCUCUCUCUUUCUCUCCCCCUCACCCAUCUGAGAUUGUUCCUGCCCAAAAAAGUAAUAAGAAAACUAACGACUGUUGUCUGGCUAAGAACUCUUCAGAUCCUGUUGUCAGCUAUCCCCAACAGAAAGGAAAACAUUGAAGAUCCUGUCACCAACAGCAAAAGAAAACCACCACUGCCAAGAGUUGUAACCAUUUGUCCAAAGAAUGAGAAAAUGAAUCAACCCGGGGAAAGACAGAACAAUGCUGAACAGUCGUAAUGCAACAAGAUAAAAGAUUGACAGCCCAGGAAAAAUGCCAUGCAGACAAGGAACAACUCAGAGGUUAGAUGCAUUAAGGGAAGGAGCUUAACAAUCAAGAUAACAACUAGCCACGCAAAAGAAGGCAACCUCAUCAAAUAAAAAAAUCAAUCACCAGAAGGGACAGUGAGAAGUCAUGGAAGAAAAGCAAACCAUCCAGCUUAAAUAGAAGGCAAUUAAAAGCAAAACCCCCUUCAAUCAGCUGCCAUAUGUGAAAGUUUUCUCUAAAAAAUGUUUCAUAACAGUUAGAUUGCUAAAGCAAUAGUAAUCACCUGGGAAAUCCAACCCAACAUAGCCAAGAAUAGAACAGACAAAAAACUCCUUUUGUUUAGGAAAGACAACAAUCUGUGGUUUGUAAGGAUUCUCAAUAUAUUCUCAAUAUUUGAUUGUAUUGCAUAAAACAAUAAUAAUCAUGUUAUUGAACAAGCCUACAUUAAUCUUAACAAUAGCUUCUGUAGCAACCCUUUAUGCCAAAGUUUUAAAACUCGUACUUGCCACGGACUCAGCAAACCAAAAAAUUGGACUCGGACUUGGACUCGUGAAAGACUUGGCAAGGACUCGGCAAAAUUUAAAAAACGUAGUUUUACAAAAAAACAUAAAGAAAUUAAUGCAUUAAGAGAACAUAAGAACCAUAAUUGAAACAUUACACGUCAUAUGAUCUUGAACCACUCAAUAUUUGAAAUUUCAUCAUUCUACUCAUAGAAUCAUACUCAUUACUCAUAGUUUCAAACUCAAAAAUGUAUAAUAGCAGCAUAAGUUUAUAAAUGUUGACAAAAUUACAUAUAAUGAUAUGUCCAACUUCAAAUGAUCUCUUUUGCUGAUUUAAUCUUCUUUGCUCUCCUCCUUCAAACCCUACAAACCUGUUUUCACUGAGAAACAAAGGCAAAUGAAUGAAAAAAUUGAAAAAAAAAACUUUAUAACGAUGCUGAGAGUCAUUUCUGGGUCGCAGAAGUCCAUCUAAUUGACUUGCGAGUUCGUGUAUUUGACUCGCGUGAGUCCAUUAGAAAGACUCGCGAGUCUUUCAAAUAGACUCACCAGGACUCGCCUCGCGAGUCCUUGGCAAGUCGACUCGUGGUGCCACUGGACUCGGGAGUUCGUGGCGAGUCCAUGAGUUUUUAAACUAUGCUUUAUGCAUCAUAUUUCCUGGCACAACUUCAAGACUCAAGAAGCUAUUAUAUUUUAAAGCACACACGACCCCUAUAGUAUGAUAAACAUCUCCUAUAGCAUUUAUGAAACAGUCCAUUUACAAAAGAAAAUAUCCAGAAGCAAUUUAGUUCAGGCCUGUAGCAACCUGGAAAUGGCUGAAACGCUCUUACAGAGGAUCUAAACAUAUAAUAAACCUGCAUCCUUCCUAUAGCAUUCUCUGAGAAAGCAAGUUGGCAAGAAAUGCAACAACUAAAAACUCAAGAAAAUUGAUAAUCUACUGCUGUUUUUGGUAAAUGCAUGAUUGUUUGUGGAGUUGGAUGCUCUUGUACCAUACAUGUUGGGUAAGAAAAUUUGUGAGCACUGUGCUCACAAAGUGGAGCUAAGUGGGAGGACCAUCCUUGUAGAAAGCACACAAACUGUAGCAUACUACUUUACUCUAACAAGGUACAUUGGAAAAUUUCUCAAUUCAACUCUUCCAGUAUUUAGUUGGGAAAAAUACUGCCCUCAUCCACUAAAUAUGACUAUUUACUUCUAUUCCUCUUGUGAACCUCUGUCCACCAUAAUCCUAUUUCCUCCUGCAAAAGAUUCUCCUUUUCUUAUUCUUCUGUGGGAUUUAAAUAACCAUUUUCUGACCUCCACCAAAAGCUUUUUCUCUAUUCUCCACUCACUACUUGCAAAAUCGACACAACCAAAAUUAUGGAAAUCAAAAGUAUCUAUAAGUGCCUCUUCAUUCUCUCCUCUUUCACUUUCCUUUUCUUUUGUGCUUCCCUGCACCAUAUCUGUUACCAUCCUUGUGACCUCCAAAGGACUGUCAUGUCCCCUCUUUAGUAUGACAUGACACUUUACGUGGAUUUGCCUAUUCCAGACUCUCGUAGGCAGAUGGUUGUGAUGAGAGAGUCAUUUUGGCAUUUAUUUGGUGAUUGGAUGGCUCAUUAUGCUCUUGGAGACAUUAUAUUUAUUAUUACUUUUUAUUUGGGGCCAAAAUGUUAUUGAGGUGCACUUUUUAUUUUAUGAAGUAACUUUUUAUCUAAAAAGUGCAAUGAGGCUUUUAGAAGAUUCUAUUAUGGAUACUUCUAGAAAGUCAUGGAUACUUCUAGAAAGACUAAGAGGCUUCUAGAAGAUUCUAUUAUGGAUACUUCUAGAAAGUUAUGUAUACUUCUAGAAAGACUAAGAGGCUUCUAGAAGAUUCUAUUAUGUGUAUAAAUAGACCCCAUGGGUCUUUCAUUUGGUAUCGAAGUCUAUUUUCUCUAGUGCAUCUACUUGAGCAUUUGUGGAGCUUGAAGGUCUGCAAAUAUCAUUGAUCUUUGGGAACAAUAACUCCUUAGAUUAGCAUAACUGAGGAAGUGAAAUAUCUUCUGAAGGGUUGCGUUAUUGGAGAUGGUACUCAGCCAUUUCAUGUUGGAUUUCAAUUGAAGGUUGAUUUGAGGGCUUGUAUUUGGUGAAUAAGGGUUUUGAAUUCAUCCCAGCUCAAAAUUUGGUACUGCAGCCGCACAGUACGACCCAGGUAUGGCCUGCAGCAGGGACAGUACGGUAGUGACAGCAGGGCAUUCUUGGGACAGUCCAGUCCUCCUUUCAUCAGCAUUUCAUAAUCGGAGUUCAAGGAGCGAUUUCCAGGUUCCAUUGCAUGGUUUUUGUUGUCAAUUUUUAUGAUAGAAGUGCACAGUUGUAACAGUCAUAUAUGUAUUCAGAAAACAGUCCAUUGUAAUCAGACAUUGCUAUCUUGUAGUUGGAUUGAUAUAGUAGAGAAGGUGCAUUGCAAGGUCA